AUGGAUCUUUAUGACUCUACAUAUGGAGGAGGAGUCUGGAACCUUUGGAAGGCUUCAUUCAUUUUGUCUUUUUCUUUACACACAGAUCAACUCGACAUCAUUUCAAUGGCUGAAACAACAAUGAUGCCUGAGGAAAUUGAGCUAGAGAUGGCAAAGAUCCAGAGACUUCGGGAAGUCUUAGUCAGAAGAGAAUCAGAACUCAGGUUUAUGAUGGAUGACAUCCAGCUGUGCAAAGACAUUAUGAACCUUAAGAAAGAGCUGCAGAGUUUGGUAGCGAUCCCAGAAAAAGAAAAAACAAAGAUGGAAAAACAAAGAGAAGAUGAACUGAUUCAGAAAAUCCACAAGCUGGUACAAAAAAGGGAUUUUCUUGUAGAUGAUGCGGAGGUGGAAAGAUUACGAGAGAAAGAAGAAGACAAGGAGAUGGCUGAAUUCCUUCGAACUAAGUUAAAACCCCUAGACAAAGCAACCCAGUCUCCUACCAGUACGCCAGCAGAAAAGAAGGCAGAACCUCCUCCAAGCAAGCCCACCAUUGCCAAGGCAGGCUUGGCUAUUAUUAAAGAUUGCUGUGGGGCCACACAAUGCAGCAUCAUGUAGCUCUGGGCUCUCUACCAUGUCUGUUUUCUUUUCAAAUGUUUUCAUUGAAUGAAACUGUAGAGUGUGGAGUUUUAUGAGCAUCCUGAAAACCAACAAGAGCAACUGUGUUACAACAGUAAUACAUGGACUGUGUGAUGGCAGAUUCUUCACUGUUGCAUGGAUCACACAAUGCGCAUGCCUAAAAACAAAAGAAACCUACAUAGUGGCUAUCCAGUGACCAGGAAAGAUCUGUAAUAGAGAUCACAAAAAACACCCAGUGAUAAAAAUGAGUGAGAAAAUGGCACGUUUCACCAAGUAGGCUGUAAAUCAGCAAUUUUAAAGAGGUCAUCACUUUACAAAGAUUUGUUAUACACUUUUUCCCCUUGGCAAACAGCACUCAGACAUUUGCUGGAAUAUCCCAUUUUGGCUACUUCUCAAAACAAAAGC